GUACCUCACACUGAGGACAAGGUUCCUCACACUGAGGACAAGGUACGUCACACUGAGGACAAGGUUCCUGAUGGCGAGGGCAAGUUUCCUGACGCUGAGGACAAGGUUCCUCACGCAGAGGACAGGGUUCCUCACUCUGAGGACAAGGUACCUCACACUGUGGACAAGGUUCCUCACGGUGAGGACAAGGUACCUCACACUGAGGACAAUGUUCCACACGCUGAGGACAAGGUUCCUCAAGCUGAGGACAAGGUACCUCACACUGAGGACGAGGUACCUCACGAUGAGGACACGGUACCUCACAAUGAGUACAAGGUACCUCAGACUGAGGAGAAGGUUCCUCAUUGA